UUUCUUUCAUAAACGUCAAAUCGAUUUUCUCAUGCUUGCGUUGCUUCAACAGCAGUUCUUUGGUAAAAUUCUCCCGAAUAAAUUGGUCUGAGAAAUAACUUUACGAUGUCUCGUUUCUUUGCUGGUGGCUCGGAGUCCGACUCCGAUAGUUCAUCUGAUAGUGAGCCAAUUCAACGUCAGGCUGCACAACAGUUCACAUUCAGUGACGAAGAAGAAGACGUCAAACGCGUCGUCCGCUCUACUAAGGAAAAGCGCUAUGAAGACCUCUCGAAUAUAAUCAAAAGUAUUCGAAACUACAAAAAGAUUAAGGAUAUGUCCAGCUUGCUGAGCAGCUUCGAAGAUCUAACACGAGCUUAUGCUAAAGCGUUGCCGGUGAUUACAAAGGUGGAAAACGGAAUUACUCCGCGCUUCAUAAUUCGCGCCCUAGCUGAACUCGAGGAUUUCAUCAAUGAAGUGUGGGACGAUAGGGAAGGACGAAAGAACCUGUCAAAGAAUAAUUCCAAGUCUCUAGGAACGUUGCGACAAAAGUUUAGAAAGUACAUUAAAGACUUCGAGAGCGACUUGAAGAAGUUCCGCGAGUCUCCGGAUGCUGGUGAUGACGAUGAAGAAGAGGAAGAUAAGAAAGAUGAUCAAUCGGAAGAUGAGGAAGUGACAGCUCCUACAGCUACAAGACAGGUGUCUUUCAAGAAGACGGUGGAAAAGGUUAAAAUUGAAAAGGAAGAUGACGAUUCGGAUGAUUCGAUUGACUGGGGCUCGGAUUCGGAAUCCGAAGAAAGUUCUAGUGACGAAGACACCCAAUAUACUAGCAUUCGCGAGCGGUUCUUGAAACGUUCCGAUAAGGAUGAUGGCGAAGACGGCGAGAAGAAGAAGGAAAAGAAAAAAGUCAGAGAAGCGAAAGAUAGCCGCAAGAGCAAGCGAGUUGAUGAUGAUGACGAAGGAUGGGAAGUGGUGAACGGAAAUCGAUCUGCUACCUCGGAGCAACCGAAAAUGUUCGCCAAGGAUGCAGAAAUCGACAUCAAUUUGGUAAUUAACAAAUUGAACGAGGUGAUGGCUGCUCGUGGCAAGAAGAGAACUGAUCGAAAAUUGCAAAUUGAAUUUCUGCGAGAGCUCCGUGCCGUAGCUGAUGCUAACAAUCUGGGCGCAGCUGUAGCGGCUAAAAUUCGCUUUAAUAUUGUUUCGGCUAUAUUUGAUUAUAACCCAAAAGUAUCAGAACCCAUGAAACUGGAACAUUGGUCUAAAUUGCUGGAGGAAAUACAAGCGCUCAUUAAGUUACUUCUGGCUAAUGACGAUAUUCAUUUGUCUGAAACUGUACUUGAUGAGAACGAAGAGUAUGAAACGGCUCCUUAUAAAAUUCGUGGCUGUAUGCUGACGACUGUUGAGCGUUUAGAUGAUGAAUUUACCAAGUUAUUAAAGGAAUGUGAUCCGCAUAGUAAUGAUUAUGUAGAUCGCUUGAAAGACGAAGUCACUGUAACCAACGUCAUUGAAGAGGUUGUUAAAUACGUAGAGCGCUUGGGAGAUGAAAUGGAAACAUGUAGAAUCUACCUGCGUAAAAUUGAUCAUCUGUACUACAAAUUUGAUCCAAAUGUGUUGAAAAAACGAAAAGGACAAUUACCAGCCGGAACAACGACUUCGGUUGAUGAAAUGGAACGCCUUUGCCGUUUUAUUUAUGCUAAAGAUCAAACGGAUCGUCUUCGUACUCGUGCUAUUUUGUCACAUAUUUUCCACCAUGCUUUGCACGAUAACUGGUUCCAAGCUCGCGAUUUGGUCCUGAUGUCUCAUUUGCAAGAGACAAUUCAUCAUUCAGAUCCGCCUACGCAAAUUCUCUACAAUAGAACAAUGGCCAAUCUAGGUCUAUGUGCAUUCCGACAUGGUAACAUCAAAGAUGCUCACCAGUGUUUAGUAGAUUUAAUGAUGACUGGUAAACCGAAAGAGCUUCUUGCACAGGGACUGGUUCCUCAGCGUCAAAACGAGCGUUCGCUGGAACAAGAGAAGGUUGAAAAACAACGUCAAAUGCCCUUCCAUAUGCACAUCAAUCUGGAACUUCUUGAGUGUGUCUAUUUGGUUUCAGCAAUGUUAUUGGAAAUUCCCUACAUGGCAGCGCAUGAAUUCGAUGCUCGUCGUCGCAUGAUAAGCAAGACUUUUUAUCAACAGCUGCGUUCUUCGGAACGACAAUCGUUAGUAGGUCCCCCGGAGUCUAUGCGCGAGCACGUUGUGGCAGCAGCUAAAGCCAUGCGCCAUGGCGACUGGAAUGCUUGCGCAAACUUUAUCGUUAACAAAAAAAUGAACGUUAAGGUUUGGGAUCUGUUCUAUGAAGCUGAUCGCGUGCGGGAAAUGUUGACUAAAUUUAUCAAAGAAGAAUCCCUACGUACAUACCUAUUUACCUAUUCCAAUGUGUACGCUUCAAUCAGCGUUCCUUAUUUAGCGGAAAUGUUCGAUUUGCCGAAGAGCAAGGUUCAUUCUUUAAUCAGUAAGAUGAUCAUUAAUGAAGAACUGAUGGCUUCGCUGGAUGAUCCAACUGAAACCGUAGUAUUACAUCGUUCUGAACCGUCGCGUUUGCAAGCAUUGUCGAUGCAGCUAUCUGAUAAGGUGACUAACUUGGUCGACUCCAACGAGCGCAUAUUUGAGAUGAAGCAGGGUAACUUCUUCCAACGCGGUGGAAAUCAGGGCUAUAAUCGAGAUAGACAAAACUAUCGUAACCAAAACCAGGGUCAGAACUGGAACAACAACCGGCGCCAGGAUAACCGUGGUAACCGUGGAAACCGCAAUCAAAAUCGCGAUCAUCGUGACCAACGUGACCAUCGUGUAGAAUUUGUUGACGAAAAAGCUGAGUAAACGGUACUGAGCGGUUGAACCAAGAUUCCGGUGCUGAGUCGCGGUUUUUACUUGAAACAAUUGAACAUCUUCCGAGAACAGUUUUGCAAGCUUAAUCAUUUAAUAACAUAUACAUUAACAUAACUCAAUUAUAUUCAGUGAAAAAUGAAUGUUUCAGUACACAAAUGCAUCAUUCCCGGUCUGGGCAAUGUUUCUAAUGACUGCGCCCAGAUCGGGAAGAGUUAUAGAAAGUACCGUAAAAACGUUGUACUAAUAUAUUUGAUUAUGCUAGGAUCAAAUAAUAAAUACCUAUCAG